AUGGUUGGGCAGAUUGUGCUCUUGUCUCUCCUGUGGACUGGGGGGGCCGAUGCUCAGAAUACAUGCUCGGGUCUUUGUGGACAGAGGCCAAUGGUCAACGCGGCUGGCACUCGGAUCGUUGGGGGUGCGGACGCGAGCCGAGGGGCUUGGCCCUGGAUAGUCAGUAUACAGGUACAGUAUUGGAAUGGUGAUUACAAGUACCACAUGUGUGGCGGCUCCCUCAUCGCUCCGAGUUGGGUUCUCACCGCUGCUCACUGCUUUGGAGAUCAAGCCAAUAACUAUGAUCUCUGGCGGUUUUUGAUUGCUGCAUGGGAUAUUCAGAUCGGGUGGGUCUACGGCGCCUUGGACUCUCGAGUGCAGGAGCGAAAACCUAUCAAGAUUAUCCUACAUGAACAUUAUAAUAAGCAAUUUAUGAAAAACGACAUUGCAUUGGUCCAGCUGGACAGACCCAUAGUGUGUGGGGACCUGGUGCGCAUUGCCUGCCUGCCUCGGGCUAGCGAGCCCCUAUUCACGUCUAAGGAGAAGUGUGCUAUUGCUGGCUGGGGACUUCUGGCUGUGACAGGUACCCCAUCUAAGAUACUACAGGAAGCUGAGGUUAACAUGAUCGAUUCGAGGACGUGCAACGGAACCCACUGGUACUACGGGGCCAUUCACACAAACAACCUUUGUGCUGGCUACGUAGAGGGAAAGAUCGACACUUGCCAGGGGGACAGCGGUGGGCCACUCAUGUGUAAAGACCCGUACAGCAGCACCUACGUAGUGGUCGGCAUCACGAGCUGGGGAUCUGGCUGUGCCCAUGCCUAUCGGCCAGGCAUCUACACGUCCACCUGGCACUUUCUGGACUGGAUCUCCUCCAAGGUUGGGUCGGACACUGUCUAUGCUCAGCUACCUUCUCGGCCUAAGAUCACUCGACCUCCUACAAAGGCGAGACCUCCCUUUCCCUGGGUAUGGACCCCCUGGUGGAUAAAGUCCUCUGCCCCCCAGAUGUGGCUCCCUCCUCCCAGGGACGCUUCUGAGACGUGGCCCGAGAAUGAGCCCUGGCCUCCAAGCGGUUCCUUAACUGGUUCCCCUGGGUACCCCAACCCUGGGAUAGCCAAGGCCCAAGCUCUGGGCCCCAGCCAGGCCUUGCCUCUCACACUCUCCUUCCCAAAGCGCUUGAGGUUGCUCAUGGACACCAUGAAGAGCAAUAAGAUCAAGUAG